GAAGUAUUGUGUGGUUGUUGUGAGCAAUAAUUGGUGCAAAAGUGAGUGUAUUAUCGACUGCUAUGUAAUGUAUGAAUCAAAUGGCCGUCACUUGUGUCUCAUGAACUCACUCUCAAUCGUCGCUCACUUUCAUUCACUCCAUUCACCACUGAUUGCCACCACAAGAGUCCAUCCAAACAGUGAUCGUGUGGACAGUGAUGUAGACCGAAUAUGAUCACUGUUUAUCAUAUGUGACCACAAGUGGUGAUCGGAGCUCCUAGUGUUGGCAUAUACAGUGUGUGGAUCAGUUGUGGUGACAAAUUAUGGGCAACUGUUGUAUUCGCGACAAAAGCCGAGCCAAUGGUCAGCCAAACAACGGACUGUCUUCGGGGGCGGAUGUGUUGCGACCGAUUGGAGGGCCAGUGCUGUCGCACCCGAUGAUGGACGCCGUGAUCACUGCCCCUCCGGUGCCGUUGGACGCCCUGCGACCCAAUUGCGUGCAAAUGAGUGCCAUGAAUGGCGUGUCUGGGAUGCAGCCAUCGGUGGUGAGUCUGGCCAACAGUGAUCUGAUGGGCGGCGAUGCGGGUGGCGGCCAACCAAACCUCGGCAGUACAGCCAAUGGCAAAGUGUUUGUCGCUCUCUAUGACUACGACGCCCGAACCGAUGAGGACCUCAGCUUCAAGAAGGGCGAGCACCUGGAGAUCAUAAACGACACUCAGGGCGACUGGUGGUUCGCCAGAUCCAAACAGACCAAACUCGAGGGCUAUAUCCCCUCCAACUAUGUCGCCAAACUCAAGUCCAUCGAAGCCGAGCCGAUGUCCUCAGGCUUUAUAAUGCUUGAGAGUUGGCAUAAGGAUCCGUUCAAAAGGCCGACCUUUGAGACGCUUCAGUGGAAACUGGAGGACUUCUUCACACUCGAGGGCUCCGAGUAUAAGGAAGCGUCGAUCGCUUAUUAG